AAAAACUCACAUGAGUUGAUGUCCUGCUCGUCCCUAACCUCCCGACACACCACCGCCGCCUCUUGAUCUCUCUCGUACAGCCUCGCCGCUGGUCACGGCCGUCCGCACACCACAAUCAUUCCCUCUGCCUGCCCCACGGCCGUCCAUCUCCCUCUCCGACUCCGCCAUCCCCCCAAUUGCGCCGCCUAGGCUCAGGUUCAAGGACGAACCAGCCCAGCUUUUCUUGCUCCUCCCACACCGGCUACGCCGCCUAGCUAGCUGCUCCUCCUCAGCGUUGCGCGCCGCCCCGCGCGCCUACCGAGCACUUAACCAUGUCGUCGUCUCUGGCGUCCUCGUCCUACCGCCGCAGGAUCCUCGACUCCAAGAUGGCGGCCACCCACGCGCUCUACUCCUCCCGGCUCCCCUCCCGCUCCAGGCAGACUGCGCACACCAGGAUUGGCGCCACCACCACAGCUCACGGAGUUGAGAGUAGCAUUAUCAGUGUCCUAACUAUGCAUCACUGGGAGACCUUGAAUCACAUGGCGUACAAAUUUGGGAAGCUUGACAGGGUUCAUGGAAAACUAGCCUUGAAGAUACUGGGUUCUAUUGUGCAACAAUCAGGCUUAGAGCGAAUUACCCAUAUUUACUGCAUGACUGCUCAUAUCCUCAUCCAAGCUCAAAUGCAUCCACAAGCAAUAUCAGUGUUGAAGCAUCUUGCUGUAGGAGGCUUCUCUUGCAGUGCUAUAUUGAGCGCUCUUUUGCGAACCAUCUCGCGUUGUGAUUCCAGUCCCAUGGUUUUUGACCUUCUUAUCAACGCAUAUCUGAAGGAAAAGAAAGUUGUUGAUGCAAGUAAGGUGAUUUUAUUGAUGGAUGCAUGCGGAUUUAAGGCUUCAGCUCGUUCUUGCAAUGCUAUCCUUAAUGCUCUUGUGGAAGUUGGGGAAUCAAAACAUGUUUGGCUCUUCUUAAAAGAAAGUCUGGCCAGGAAGUUCCCUUUGGAUGUCAUUACUUGCAAUAUUGUGCUGAAUUCUCUGUGCCUUGAGGGUAACCUUAAAAGUGCUAAUCUUAUGCUACAAAAUAUCAAGAGUUGCUCCUUAGCAAAUGUGGUUACUUAUAAUACAAUACUUUACUGGUAUGUUAAGAAGGGAAGGUUCAAGGCUGCCAUGUGUGUCUUCGAAGAUAUGGAGAAGAAUUGUGUAGAGCCAGAUGUAUAUACUUACAACAUCAUGAUAGAUAAGUUAUGUAGAAUGAAGAGGAGUGCACGUGCCUACCUUUUGCUCAAAAGAAUGAGGGAAGAUAACUUAUCACCUGAUGAAUGUACAUAUAAUACUUUGAUCAAAGGUUUCUUUGAUGAAGGUAAGAUGAAACUUGCUAUCUAUAUCUUCAACGAAAUGCUGAAACAGAGCCUGAAACCAAGUCUAGCUACUUACACUACCUUGAUUGAUGGGUAUUGCCGAAAUGGGACCACUGAUGAAGCUUUAAGAGUUCUAUGUGAAAUGCAAGUUGCUGGUGUAAAACCAAGUGAAUUAACUUACAGUGCCAUGCUGAAUGGUUAUUGCAAAGCUUCCAUGCUGGGACAUGCAAUGAAUCUUAUUGAAGUUCUGAAAGCAAGAGGUACAACAAUCAAUAGGACUAUGUAUACUAUUCUGAUUGAUGGUUUCUGUCAGCUAGGAGUGGUUUCUAAGGCCAAACAAAUAUUGAAGUGCAUGCUUGUUGAUGGGAUUGAUCCAGAUGUUAUUACUUACUCAGCAUUGAUUAAUGGUAUGUGCAAGAUGGGUAAGCUGGAUGAAACAAAAGAGAUUUUGCCAAGGAUGCAAAAAACUGGAGUUUUGCCUAAUGAGGUGCUUUAUACAACUCUAGUUUGCUAUUGUUGUAAGGCUGGAUAUGUCAGAGAAGCACUGAAGUAUUUUGUGGACAUCUAUCGAAGGGGCCUAACUGCCAAUUCAUUCAUCCAUAAUACGUUAUUAUGCUCGUUGUAUGGAAAAGGAAUGAUUGCACAGGCUGAGAAAUUCAAACAAUACAUGUCUAGGAUGCAGAUAUCAUUUGAUGUCGCCGCUUUCAACUGUAUAAUAGACUACUACUGCACCAAAGGUAACAUGCAUGAGGCAUUCUCAGUGUAUGAUAAUAUGGGUAGAUAUGGAUGUUCUCCAAAUGUUUACACAUAUAGGAAUUUGCUUAGAGGAUUAUGCAAGGGAGGCCACUUGGUACAAGCAAAGGAGUUCAUGGCCUGCCUUGUUGACAUACCUUCUGCCAUUGAUCAGAAAACCUUUAAUGCAUUACUUCUAGGGAUCUGCAAAGAUGGGACACUAGAUGAAGCUCUGGAUUUAUGUGAGAAAAUGGUUACAAGUAACUUUCUACCUGACAUCCAUACCUACACGAUUCUUCUUAGUGGUUUUUGCAGAAAAGGUAAAAUUGUACCCGCGGUCAUCUUGUUGCAGAUGAUGUUGCAGAAAGGGUUUGUCCCAGAUAUUGUUACAUAUACAUGUUUGUUGAAUGGUUUGAUCAAGGAAGGCCAACUUAAGGUUGCUUCUUACCUGUUCCAGGAGAUCAUAUGCAAGGAAGGCAUGUAUGCUGAUUGUAUUGCCUACAACUCAAUGAUAAAUGGGUACCUAAAGGCAGGAAUGAUACAUAAAGUAGAUAUGAUGAUUUUUGAUAUGCAUCGUAAUGAGGUUUCUCCAAACCCGGCUAGUUAUAAUAUUCUUAUGCAUGGGCACAUCAAGAAGGGACAUUUAUCAAGAUCUAUUUAUCUCUACAAAGAUAUGGUAAGGAAAGGGAUUAGGCCAAACAAUGUGACAUAUCGUUUGCUUAUGCUUGGACUUACCAAACAGGGAAUGAUUGAAAUUGCAGUCAAGUUCUUGGAAAAGAUGGUCUUAGAAGGCAUUUAUCCUGAUAAGUUAGAUUUUGACUUACUCAUAGCUGCAUGUAGUGAAAAAUCUAGGAUGCCUAAUGCUUUACAGCUUUUCAACUGUAUGAAGCGGUUAUAUAUGUCACCUAGCAGCAGAGCAUACAGUGCCAUGAUAAAUGGAUUAAUCAGGAAAAACUGGUUGCAGCAGAGUUGUGAUGUUUUACGUGACAUGGUUGAAAGUGGGCUUGAACCAAAGCAUACACACUAUAUUGCCUUAAUCAAUGCAAAAUGCAGGAUUGGGGACAUCAAUGGAGCAUUCAGGCUUAAAGAGGAAAUGGCAGCUCUUGGUGUUGUGCCAGCUGAAGUUGCUGAAAGCUCAAUUGUUAGAGGUCUUAGUAAAUGUGGAAAGGUUGAAGAGGGUAUCAUAGUUUUCUGUAGCAUAAUACGUGCAGGAUUGGUGCCAACCAUUGCUACUUUCACUACCCUAAUGCAUGGUCUGUGUAAAGAAGGCAAGAUUGUUGAUGCUUUGGACCUCAAAAGGUCAAUGGAGUUGUAUGGAUUGAAGAUUGAUGUUGUCACCUAUAAUGUUCUAAUCACAGGUCUGUGCAAGAAUCAGUGUGUUUCUGAUGCAUUAGAUCUUUAUGAAGAGAUGAAAUCUAAGCAACUUCAACCGAACCUUACAACAUACACCACAAUAGCUGGAGCCAUCUAUGCAUCAGGCAGAAUUCUGGAGGGAGAGAAACUACUCAAUGAUAUAGAAGAUAGGGGCUUUGUUCCCUCAUAUAAGGAUCAAAGUCCUGAAUGGAGGUUGAAAAAUGCAGUGAGGAAGUUAAACAUGAUAAGAAAUUGCCGAAAAGCAAUAACAUCUGAGGAUGAUGUCGAGCCACUGCAUGCAGAUCAUGAAUCCAUGCCUGCCAAAGACUGAAAUCCUCUAGAAAUUGAACUUUUCCACUUCAAAGGAAGUGAUACAUUUAAUCGACAUAUAUAUGUAUCAGUACCUUUGAGAUUCCUUCUCCAAAUCGCCAUUUAGCUCAUCGAUUGUUUUUGCAAUGCACAUGGCUGGACUAGCAUCCCAAAUGAAGAAAUCUUGUGCAAGAGACAUGUAUUACAUUUGGAUGAAAUGAUGAAGUGUUUCCGUAGGCACAUGGCCACUGAGUGUCUCAACUGAGCAGGAUUGGUUGGAUUUGUUAUGGAUCUCAAGAACCAUGAAGUUUCCAAGCAUAAGAAUAAGACAGUCCUCCGCUGUGGACGGGAGGUAUUUAUAAAUGCACAUCACAUAGAAGAGAAGGACUCAUUGUUGUUCACAUUCGCUCCUGUUUUGAGGCUCUGGUCCUUGAUUCUGAUUAUUGUGAAAAAAUUGUUUUUUGUUCCGGCAUCAAAGUUACUUGUAAUGCUUAACAAAGAGGUGUGGAUUAUGUUGAUAUUUUGAAUAGCUCCUGCGGUGACACCACAAGAUCAUGGGGAAGCUAAAGAUUUCCUACAUAUGAAAUGGGCAACUCAGGCCAUCCUAGAAAAAUAGCGAAGACAGUCAUAAAUAUUCACCCGAGGAUUCAGAGGACACUGAGGAUAAAAAGGCAGCCACAAAAUACUCCUCUGUGGAUUCAGGUUACAUUUUAUUCUCUUUCUGCGUCAACAUUAUGUUCUGAAUUAUAUGCACAGAAUACACUAUAUUAGAUUUUAUUAUUGUCAUUUUCACUGUUAAGGAUUCUGUACCGGAGAAGACACUGAGGACAGAAAGACAAGUACAAAAUACUCAUCCGAGGAUUCAGGUUACAUUUUGAUUCUCUCUGGCUAUCUGCAUUAACAUUACUUUCUGAAUCAUAUGUUUUCAUUUGGACCUUAUUAUUGACGUUUCUACCAUUGAAGGUUCUGACAAUCCGCGUUAAGAAGGAAGCAUAUAAUGGAAUAUCAAGACGCCAUUGGUAGAAUGAAACAACUUGGUAUUCAUUAAGCUCCCUCUUUCUGAUUCGUGUUAAAAAGUUUCAGUGGAAAUUGCUCCUUAUUCAGGAUGCAACCAUGGUCUUAAAGCACUUCAUGAUCUCUUGAGUCUGAUGAAUCCAGAGGUCCCUCAAAGCCUUUCUACAUAUUAUCACCAACUGCAUGUAUGUAUGACUAGGGAGCAGGAGAAGCAUGUUGCCCCCUUAGUCCAGGUUCCCAUUUAUGUGUCAAUAAUAAGCAAGGGCAGUGUUGGUGUCAACAAUGUCUAUGCUGUAACCAUUUGCAAGAAAUAUGCUGCUGCGCAUCUCCCAACCGAAAUUAGGCUGUGGCACUCAUGAGGGCAGAGAGGAGCAGGACCUGAGAAGUCAAGAUGCAUCCGAGGAUUGGCAACGCACGAAUGCUCGGGGGAGGUUGGCACAAGUUUGUUUGUCCAUGACAACCGUCUGGAAGUCCGAAAUAUCUGCCUGUUCCAGCUGAUGUCGAACCAAAGCUUACGAUGAUGGUGUAACAUUAUUCGUCACAAUGUCAAGGGUUAGUUUCUAGUUUCCAGCACAAGGGAGUGAUGGAGUCUCUGGUGGUAUUCUGCACAUUCGCUUUUGUUAGUUUUGCAAUCCGUUAGUGUGUGGGGGCGGUACAGCUACUCUUAAAAAAAAGAGGGAGCAAACUAUGUUUAUUGUGGGGUUAACUAAGCUCUCUGAUGCACAGUUAAUCAAGGGGUAUUUUAGUAGCUCGGAGAGGUCGCUAAUGUUAUGCUGGGGUAGUAAAUCAAUGCAAGAUCGUUCUCAGUACUGAUUGUACAA